CCCACUCCAACCCAGCCAGCCUUUUGGAUGUUCGUUGUAUACCACGGCUACUGCUGUUCCUGCUGCUCUGUACUCUAUACUCCCAACAGUUGGAGGUCUGCGUCAACCAGCUAACGUUCCCGGCUUCAUCAAGCCCCUUAUCCCUUUAUCAGGGCUAGUGCGUCUCGGUAGCCAGAGCGGUGGCUAGCCUGACUUGGACAACCAUCGCUUUGUUCCAUUUCCGGUUCAUCCUGACUCCCUGGGAGCUGUGAUCCAUGCUUAGGACUCUUGACUGUGUAGACAUGGCUUACUAACCGGAUUUACCUGGAUAGCAGCUUCCUAUUUACUCGUUCUGCCUGCUCAUCUGCUCGAGGAAUGAUUAGAGCUGGACGGCCUUUCCCAUGCAGCGCGUAUCUGAACCGGCACCGGUAAAAUGAAGACUUGUCUUCUGUAGCUACUUGGGACGGUCCUACUUCUUCAGCAUGGCUCGAGUAUCUCGGAGACCGGCCUCGGUCCUUGCCAGGCGGGUUCCCAGCAGGGUCCUCAAGAAGACCGCGCGAAAACAUAGAGUGAUUCUGGAAUCCGUUACGCAAGAGAAGAAGAAACUUCGAAGUGUUAUUUCGUUUGAAGCAAAGGCACCCCCUGGUUACACAUUCAUCACUGCAGGCAACCCCCAGCUUACGACUGCAUGUAAGGAAAUGUGCCGGAAGGAUGGUCUGAAGGUGUUCGCUGUCACGACAACACCGCAUAUGCACACUCACAAUCUCUCCCAACAUGUGCACCGGAUUGGCUAUCAUUUCCCAAGUGCCACUGUCUCUACAGUGUGCAUGGAUUUGGGCCUCUAUCUCACAGCAGCAGGGAAAGCGGUACCAUUUCAGAGUGCUGGCGGUGCGAACAGUCACAAACGAGCUAACUCGGAAGUUUCUCAGACCACCAUCAACACAGAAGCAAGGGAUGUCUUGAAAGACCUUUUCCCCAAUAUUCCUGAUAAUGAUCUCAAUCAAAUCAUCAAGACUGCAUUUCAAAAGGGCCAGCGCAAAGUAGGAACGGCAGUUGAGCUACCUCUAGCUCGUCGGGCUCAGUUAGCGGUUGUGGCACAUAUCCGACAUAUCUACACAGACUACGAUCGUCUUCUAAAAGCGACCUCCUUCCACGAGGCUAGAACCCUGGUGGAAGAACCAACACUAGCUAAGGUAGUGCAAUGGAGAGGAGACGAUGAAAACGGAAAGACAGUUCUAGAAGACGUUUUCCGGGAGGUCAUUGUCAUAUCCGAUGACGAAGAUAGUGAUACCGAGGGAGAGGUACCCCCUUCUGUCGAUCGAGAUCACAGCGUGAUGGUUGUUUCCAGUAAUCCUCGCGCUGACGAGCUUCAAACAAAGCCGCUCAAUUAUGCAAACCCUACCCUUCGUGACACCCAGAUAGACAUAUCGGAUGAUGAAGCGCCACCAGGUUUUCGCUUCAUCCCAGAAGCCCCCAGAAGGCAUAAGAUUGAUCGCCGUGGUUUCAGCAGAUAUCAAGCUUGGGAUCGCGCUAUUAAUCGGUAUAGAAACAUAGCAAAUGACACUGACCAGCGCAGAUUGCAUGAUGCCUCUGAUGUUCAGAGACCGAUUGUCACACGGCAGCCAUUACUAGAACAUACCGGUUUUGACCGAGAGCCUGCCCACCGGCCUCGUGUUUCGCUUGCACCUCUCGCUACACCUAAUGCAAUACCUUUUAGUACCGGCACCGGCAGGUUGGUUUUGGACCCAGUAAUGGAACGGCCGCAUGAGCUGCACCGCGUGGCUGAAUUGUCUGUCCAAAGGAGAGAGGCUGCUCCUCUAUCAGGUGCGAUCCCCUUGGAGCGAGUGCCAGUUAUCCAACAACAGAAGCGCACAUACCAGCGGGAGAGCUCGCCAAAUGCCCCUGUAUUUGUGGGUGGUCCUAGAAAUAUCCGUGAGAUGACCAGGGACCCAACUGUACUCCAAAGGCCGCUGGGCCCAUCCCAAUACAGGACCAAUGUACAGCCACAGGAUCAUGCAUUGCCCUCUAUUGAAACCCCUGUACCCAUGGAAAUCCGGCGUCCCAACAGUGGUCAGUUAGAUCACCUUGCCAAAAGAAUGUCUGGGGCCUUCUCAAUUCGAUCAGUAACACCCCACCGCCUAGCUCGCCAGGAGGAUCUGGAAGAAUUAGAGCGAGAUCAAGCUUCUAAACGGAGGCGUAUGGCUUACUGCGAGCCUGACCGAUCUGAUCACCCUCAUCCUAAGGUUGCCUCCGCCAGUGCGGCUCUUUCUUAUACUGGCAGCAGGUAUCAGGAUUCCUCUGGAUAUACACCCCUAGGACACUCUUCAGCCCAGGACGAACCUCAUUUUCGUAAGAGAUAUGCCGCUCCGAUUAGAUCCUUUCCUAUUGCCGAGGGCCAUCCAGAAAGAGCGCAAUACCCCUCUACUUUUGCCACCAAAUUUGAUCCGAGGACCGGGAUAACCGUUCACCAAAGGCCCUUGGAAGAGCUUCACAGCCAUACAUCUCAUCUUGUCCCCUCUGAGCUUCCUAUCCAUUACAGGUCUCCGGGGCAAUCCCACGUUGUGCCAAGCACGAGAUAUGCCAUCUCUGCGGAUAACGCUUCUGAUAGGCUUGUUCCUGUGCAUUCCUCUGGGUUGAGAGAGCGGCGUGUUCAUCAUGAACUCCCUGGACAUAACGCUGGCGGUUUGAGACCGCUUGAAGCGGCAGAGCCACCAGAGCCUACUUGGGGUGACAGGGAUUAUGAACAACCCCUUGUUUCGCAGGAACCGUCUCAAAGAAGACAUUAUGCUGAAGACUUCGUUCGUGCUGUUGAUUCGAGGGAUUCCGUUCCACUAAAGUAUCGUCUUCCAACGGCAACUUAUCCUAUCGGAACUCACCCGCAACCAGUUGGGGUUUCGGUGCAGACCGAACCAUAUCUGCGUAGCUUGCCCGGUAGCAUGGAAUCGAGGUCCCUUGGCCGCGUUUGUAUGGAUUCCCAGGCGGGGCUCGCUAUCCAGAAUUAUGCCGUGGCAGAUGACCAAGGUCCAGGGAAUCACACUGACAGGGUACCUAAUCCGCCUUUUACAGCCCGCUACUACGACAGGGGAUGUGAAGGCGCUUUGGACCCUCCACGGGUUAGGCAAGCCUAUGAACAUCCACGCGAUGGUUCGCGGAUGGAAGAACAGCGUUAUUCUACUUAUGUAAGACGAGUUGAACGGGCUCCGUAUUCGAUUUCCGAGGGUCGGACGGUAGUUAUUGUGGAUUGACGACGCGUAUUGGGUUCCUUGAUGUAUUUCUUGUAAAUGUCCGCAUAUGCGUUGCUGUACAUAAGUCAAACGGAGGUGAUACCCGACCACGUGUCAACAACGAAUCUGACAAGCAAGAUGCUAGCUUAUUACGC